AGGAAGAGCCGUAUGUUUUCGCAGGCGGAGCUUCUUCCUCUCGUACCGUUGGAAUUUGCUGCGUGUGUUUUCUCGGCAUAUUUGCCUGGAAAGAAAAAAAAAGGAGAAACAGCACAGAGGAAGAGGGAAACGCAGACCGCCUGUGCAGGCAGAUGUGAACGGAAGGAACCCGGUCGGUGCCGUUAAUCCGCUACGAUGUGGCAGCCUGCGACUGAGAGACUGCAGCAUUUCCAGAACAUGUUGAAGUCAAAGCUGAAUGUUUUGACUCUGCGUAAAGACUCGCUACCGAGUGUCAUCUUCCAUGAACCGGAGGCCAUCGAGCUCUGCUCCACAACACACACCACAAAACCACGCACACACACUGGCUACAAGGUGACAUAUCUAGGGAAAGUGUCAAUCCCAGGCUCCAAGUUCCUCUCAGGCUGCACCGAGUCUGCCGUGGUGGCAUUAUGGGAUACAAAGUGCUCAUCAAUCGCCAUGGAUGCCUUGCUGGAGAUCCGGCCCUUCCAGGUGCGCCUGCACCACUUGAGUGGGCGGAGUGAGGCGCCAGACUCAGUGGAGACAUUCCAGGUGGCACGAAUCGCAUACUGCACGGCGGAUCAUGAGGUGAGCCCGAAGGUGUUCGCAUUCAUCUACCGGCAGAUCAACGAGGACCUGACGUUCCAGAUGGACUGCCAUGCCGUGGAGUGUGAGAGCAAGCGCGCUGCCAAGAUGCUCGCUCACGCCAUGAUGGAUGCCUUCAACAAGACCUUCCACUCCAUGCGAACCGACGGGCGCAUCCACCAAUCAGGACGCGAGAUUCCUGAAGACUCAAAUGCGAAUCCUGAUGAUGGCUGAGGCUGAGGGUCGAGGGGGUGGGACCUGUAGGGGGAAUGCGUGAUCCCAUCUCUGUUUCUGUCUUUGGUGGGAUAAUAAAGAAAAAGAAAUCAAAAUGUUCUCUUAGCUCGCGGCUAAUAAAUAAAUGCAUCACUGCAGCCAUAUUGCUCACAAAUCUUGUUAUUGUUCUAGAAUGUUGCAAUGAAAAUUUGAUCUAGAACAUGUAUUAGGACAUCACAAUGGACUGUUGUUCUCAACUGCUGCGAUAGUAUAUUGUUUCAGAAUGUUGCCAUGGCUGUACUACAAUGUUGUGAUCCAGGUGUGUUCUAGAAUACUGUUAUAGAAUACUGCAUUUAGAAUGUUGGCAAACAUUGUGAUAGACGUACAUAAGAUUAGUACAUGAUAGAUCGUUGCUCUCAUAUUCCGUCUCGUGAUGGAAUGUGGUGUUAGAUGAAACAUUGUUCUAAAAUAUGACAAGCCUUGUCCUAGAACAUCACAACGGAAACCUUUUCUAGACUAUUGCAACCCUUGUUAUAGAACAUGUAUCUAAAUUAUUUUUAAAGAGUCAGAUUGUUGUACAUUAUUUUUGAACAAUGUUCUUGAAUGCCUUGAUCUCAUGUUGCUCUAGAACAUUGCACCCCUUGUUCUAGAACAUUGUUUUAGAAUAGCACAAGCUUUUUAUGGAGCGUCAAAUAUUGGCAUCGUUGUACUAGAACAUAUGAAAGAUUCUUCCCGAGUAUUGCAUCGUGAUGCAACAUUUGUUUUAGAAUGUGAUGGAAUGUUCUAGAAUGUUGCUAGCAUGCUUCUGGUACAUUGGGAUGGAACAUUGUUCCAAAACGAUGGAAAAGAACAUGUAUUUUAGAACGUUGAGGAAUAUUGCAGGCAUUUUUAAUGGAGCCACAAAUAUUGUGUCAUUGUUGUAGAACAUUGUUAUGAAAAAAUGUGCGAAAAAUAUUACGUCAGGAUCCAGCAUUAUUAUUUACACAUGUACACUGCUCUAGAACAUAGAUGAAAAGUGGCCAAUGCUGCAUCACUAUAUGGUAAAAAUUAGUUUUUUAGAUUAUUGUCUUAGAAUGACACGAUUGACUGUCGGUGACAAAUCACUAGCCUAGGCGUCAUCACAUGCAGAUUACUUGUCCAUGUAGUUCAGCAUGUUCUGGAGGCAGUCCACCAAGCACAGAAAGAAAAUAUGCCACUUUUAAAAAGGCAAUGUAGAAUGUAAUAUAUACAUUCAGCGAAAAAUUUCAUGGUCAGUGCAGUAUCGGCUAGUUUUAAAAUCAUGCUUCCAGAUAAACUGCUUUUAUUGCAUUGUUUAUUUACAUUAUAUUACAUUAUGGCAUUACAGUAUUUUACACAUAGAACCUAAAAUCAUUUCAUAGAGUAAUACAUAGAAUAGAAUAGAAAAUAGCAUCACAAUAAAUCUCCUUUUUCCUUUUUCUGUAUUACAAUGAAAAUUAUUUCUGUACUACAAUGAAAAAUACUUAUGUUACCAUGGACUAGGCCUUUGGCUACGAAGAAUUAUCUUCAAUCCAUGAAAUUUGAGAAUUGAUUUGCAUUGUUGCUUCUAGUUUAUACAUCAGGCUAAAUGACAUUAGCGCCCACAUUUUAGCCUAGUUAAUAGGUUUCUGGGCAACCAAAAAAUAUAAUUAGGCUAGCGGCUUAUGGAUUUAUGAUUUGUCCCCCUUGCAGUUCAUUUUAUAUUCAGAGAAUUCAGAAUAAUGUUAGAAUCAGUCCAGUACAUUGUGAUAGAACAUGGUGAUGAAAAAUGUUUUAGAAUAAUGUUUUAGUAUAUCUCAACAGAUCUUUGUAUAUUGGAAACCGAAUGUUCUAGAACAUCAGAAUGGAACCUUGUCCCGAAAUGCCGCACUAGAUGUUUUGAAGCAUUAUUCUGGAACAUCAGCGCUGAAACAAUUUUGCAGUACAUAGCUAGACCAUGGUUUAGUUCUCUUCGAGAGCAUGGGAUGAAUGAUGUGACGGAAUGGUGUUGCCUGAUAUUGUUAUUGAACAGUAGAAUUCUCAGAUUGAUCACAAGCCUUGUUUUGGAUCAUUGCAGAAAGGCUGUUUGAGAAUGUUCGAUUGUUUCAGAACACGAUUGUGCCGGAAAGUUCUACAACGUGUUCUACAGCAUCAUGAUAAAACGCGAUACAAUGCCAAGAGGAACGUUGUUUUAUAACGUUGUUGAUGAAGUAUAUUUUUCUAGUGCUGCAAUCAUUCUAUACUGCGGAAAAUCUUCUCGAAUGUUGUAAAAGAAGGUUGUUCUAGAAUGACAAGACAUUCUUGAACGCUGGAAAUGAAAAUAGUUGAGGAAACAGUAACAACCCCCCCCCCACCCCCCACCACAUAUCCCGAAAGCCGCUGUGUGUUACAGUAAGUGUAUAAGUGGCGGGGCAUUCCUGUGUUAGCCAAUAACAAUCUCUGGAAUUCGUUCCCUCUUCCCUCCCCGAGUAGUUCUUACCCCCAAUGUGUUUUUAAAAAUUGUGUUUUUAACAGCGUGCGUGUGUGUGUGUGUGUGUGUGUGUGUGUGUGUGUGAAAGACAGAGAGAGAGAUUUGUACUAAAGACAGUGGAUAAACCAUAGGUAAAUCUUUACAGAAUGGGUUUUUGACAACAGUAUUGCUUUGUGUGUAUGUGUGUGUGUGUGUAUGUGUGUGUGUGUGUGUGUGUGUGAGUGACAGAUUUUUUCUCAGCCAUAAUUGCUAUGUGUAAAUACAGAUUCUCCACUUUGCUGUGUUCAAUUGUAAAGGUUUUUUGCUGUCUUACUCCUCCUGCAUUGACCUGCCUGGCUGCAUCCCAAAUGCAACUGUACGAUACAUGUCUUUAUUAUGAAUCGUUCUCGCGAGUGCUAGUGACUGAGAACUGUUAUUUGGGAAGUAAUACAUAAAGCCUUGUAUUUAAUGGGAUAAUUUGUGAUCUAUUUUAAUCAGCACACAAGCUAUAUUUGAGCUACAGCUCUUCCAGAUUAAUUAGCUAAGCUUAUGCACUGCAUCCACUGUGAGUCAGACUGUAUGAACAACACGCUGAACACGUUUUGACUGCAUUUUCAGCCUUAAAAAUGGCUGGACUAGACAUGAGCUCUAGCAUUUGGGAUGAAGCCUUAGCAUAAGAGAAGGUUCAGUUUCUGCCCCUUUUGGGCAGUGAAUGUUUGUGUCAUGCUGCACACUUUUAAUUUGAAGGUACUUGUUGAUUGGUUAUGUUCACAUGAUUUGUGGAUAUAUUUUCUUGUACAGUUGGCUGUGGAAUAUGUACACACACACACACACACACACACACACAUACACACACA